GAGCCAGUGCCUCCUAGGCAUCAGGGAAAGUGAAGGGUAUCAGAGAGCAAACACAGGGCAGUGGGCUUCUGGAUGGUGUGGAAAAACAAAGAAAUUGAUCCCAGGGCUCUAAGAACAGUGAAAGGAUCAGAAGUAGGGUCGGCUGGAAGAGAACAUCCAUCCCUUUUUCCUGAUCUAAACCAUCAGCAUCAACAGAGCCAGACUCUUGAUCUACAGCAGGUCCUGAGCCAGCCCUUCAGCUUGCACACAGGAACCACCAAUGAUGUGGGCAGCGGCCAGGACGGCCCUGGCCCUGACUCUGACCCUUUUUGUGUCCCUGGCAUCUGCAGGGCCCAGAAGUGAUGAGGCAAAACCCACUGCCCCACCCAUCUUCACCCGAAGACCCUUCCUGGUGGCCUGGAAUGCCCCAACCCAGGACUGCUGGCCCCGUUUCCGGGUCUCUCUGAACUUCAGUGUGUUUGAUGUGAAGGCAUCACCCAAUGAAGGCUUCGUGGAUCAGAAUCUCACCAUCUUCUAUCGAGAUCGGUUAGGCUACUACCCAUACCAUGACUCCCAUCUUCGUCCAGUACACGGUGGAGUGCCCCAGAACAGUAGCCUGAUGGACCACCUUGAACGAUUGCCUGAGGGUGUUCGACACUAUAUCAGAUCCCCUGAUCGGGAGGGUCUAGCGGUCAUCGACUGGGAGGACUGGCGCCCGGUCUGGAUCCGAAAUUGGCAGAGCAAAGACGUGUACCGAAAGGUCUCACGACAGCUGGUCAGCCUCCGACACCCCACCUGGUCACAAGAGCAGGUGGGCAAGCAGGCCCAGUACGAGUUUGAGUUUGCUGCCCGGCAGUUCAUGCUCGAGACCCUACGAUGGGCAAAGGAAACUCGGCCCCGCCAGCUCUGGGGUUUCUACCUCUUCCCUGACUGUUACAACCACGACUAUGUGCAGAACUGGUCUAGCUACACGGGCCGCUGCCCAGAUGUUGAGGUCUCCAGAAACGACCAGCUGGCCUGGCUCUGGGCCGAGAGCAGUGCCCUCUACCCUUCCAUCUACCUGGAUCCCAUGCUAAAGUCCUCCUCCAAUUGUCGGAAGUUUGUACGCUCCAGGGUGGAAGAGGCCCUGAGGGUGGCCCGUGAGCACCACGCUGGCUACUCCCUCCCAGUCUUCGUCUAUACUCGCCCUACCUACACCCAGAACUUCACUGUCCUCAGUGAGAUGGACCUCAUCUCCACCAUUGGGGAGAGUGCAGCUCUAGGAGCAGCUGGAAUCAUCUUCUGGGGAGAUGCCUACUAUACCAAGAGCCCGGAAACCUGCCAGAAAAUCAAGGAGUACCUGGAAAGCCGCCUGGCCCCGUACCUCGUGAACGUGUCCGAGGCCGCUUUCCAGUGCAGCGAGGACCUGUGCCACGGGCACGGGCGAUGCUAUCGGCGGCAGCCCGGAUCCAACGCCUUCCUGCACCUGAACCCCCAGAGCUUCCGCCUCCGCCCUGCCCAGAGCCCCGAGGAGCCCCUCUUCCGGGCCGAGGGCAAACUUAGUCCAAAUGAUCUGGCCCAGCUCCGGGACCACUUCCAGUGCCAGUGCUACCAGGGCUGGCAUGGGGAGAGCUGCCAACACAGCCGAAAAGCCCCAAACAAGGGCACCCCCAGCGGCCCCUCUGUCCUGGCAGCCCUGAUGGCCCUGGGCCUCUUGUUCCUCCCCUGAGUGCAGUAGGCUGGGGAGUGAGGAAGAAGCCAACGAUUCUAGCGGAGGUGCGGCCCGCCGGGUCCCUCGGAGGAGCGCCAUCCCUGCCCUGGCAAAUGCAGGGGAGCCCAGGAUCUUGUAGUGGAUAUAGUCGGGGUUAGGGGAGACUAAGGAGCCCCCAUGUGGCAACGGACUCCUCCCCAGCAAUGCCUUGGCCUGCUUCACAGGGGCAGGGGACGGGCGGAUCUUCCCGUGUGUCUGUGUGUGUGUCUGUGUGUCUGAGGGGGACUAGCCCCCAGCCCUGUGCCUAUAUUUCCCCCUGUUUUAAGGGGGGAUGUUCAGUUUGUGUGAGAUGCUGCUGGGUGUCUCCCCAUGCUAGGGGAGGGGCUGGUAGUGGGGAAUAGGGAUGGGGGGCACGGCAGGGCCGUAGAGAGCCCCCUGCCCCUCUCCUCUCUAUAUUUUAUUAUUAUUAUUAUUGGGAUAUUUUGUAAAUUAAACAGAAAAAGAAA